UGUCAGACACGUAUCGAUUCAUCCGCGAGUUUGCCGAUCCGAUCAUCAAGAGUGCUCCCCAGGUGUACAACUCGGGGUAUGCAUUCACACCGAAGGAAACGGCAAUCUAUCAGACAUAUGCCUCGCAGCUCGAGGGCAGCAUUCCAUUCCUGGUGACUUCCGGCCCCUCGCCCAACUGGAAUCCUCGCAUCAUGGAAAUGAACGCACAUACAAAGGUCGUCAACUCGAUUGCCAUCUCGUCCAACGGCAGAAUCAUUCUCUCGGGCUCGAGCGACGAAUCGGUCAUGGUCUGGGACGCGAUCACCGGGCAGCUGAAGCAGACCCUCACCGGCCACUCGGGUGUCAUCAACAGCGUCGCGAUCUUGCCCGACAACAGGACGGCUGUGUCGGGGUCGAGCGACAACACCAUCAAGAUAUGGGAUGCCAUUACGGGUCAGAUGAAGCUGACGCUCGAGGGUCACACUGACGCAAUUUGCUCGGUUGCGUGCUCGCAUGACGGUCGCUUGAUCCUGUCGGGCUCGAGUGACAAAACCAUCAAGGUAUGGAAUACGGCCUCGGGGGAGUCGAUGAAGGUCCUCAUUGGCCACGAGAGUGCCGUUCUCGCCGCUGUCUUUUCUCCCGACGGUACUAGGAUCGUAUCUGGAUCCGACGACAAAACGGUGCGGAUCUGGGAGGUUGCGACCGACCGAGUCAUAAAGAAACUCAAGGGGCACACCCAGAGCGUCAGCUCCGUCGCUGUCUCGCCCGACGGCGCCGCCAUCGUCUCCGGCUCGACCGACAUGACCAUCAUGAUCUGGGACGCCUCCUCUGGGGCGGUUCGGCACAAGCUCGAGGCUCAUACCUGGAACAUCUGCUCUGUUGCUGUGUCUCCCGAUAGCAGCACAAUCAUAUCGGGGUCGUGGGAUAAGAUGAUCAAGGUCUGGGAUAUGUCCACGGGCCGGCUGAAGCGCACCCUCGCCGGACACACCAACAGCAUCGAAGCCGUGGCGUUUUCCGCCGACGGACAGCUCAUCGUAUCUGGAUCGUGGGACUAUACGGUCCAAGUCUGGGACAGCACGAUCGAUGCCAAGACAACAGAGAGUGCCAACGAUAGCAAGCAAGGCAUCACACACACAGCCAUCUCUGUCGACGGUGGCGUGAUUGUCUCCGGCUCAAGCGACAGAACAAUCACCGUGUGGGACGCCUUGACGGGACAGCCCCGGUUCGUAUUCGAGAAUCAGCCCGAAGAGCUCGGCGCGAUUGCAGUUUCCCGCGAAGGGAGAGUCAUGGCGGCUGGAUUCGGCGACCAUACCAUCCAGGUCUACGACAUUGCCAGCGGCCGGCCCAAGCAUAUCCUCGACGACCAUACCGGUGCCAUCCACGCCCUCGCCAUCUCACCCGACUCGCUGCUGGUGGUGUCUGGGGCCGACGACAAAACCAUCAAGCUAUGGAGCGCCGGAACCGGAGACCUGCUGCAAACCCUGACGGGCCACAAAAACGUCAUUCGGGGACUAUCUUUCUCCCCGGAUGGCCGCCGGCUGUUCUCGAGCGGCUACUACGACGAGAAUCUCGUGUGGAUCCUGAAGAACGAGCAGUUUGUGAAAUCCGAUCGCACGGCACAGAGUCAGGCCCCUGCGACAGCAAAGAAAUCCGAGCCAGAGCCGUGGAGACUCGUCGGGAAUGCAAUGGCAAAGCAGUGGGUUCAGUGCGGCAGCCGCUCCUUCAAAAUGCCGCAUGCGCUGUUUGCCUGGGACAGCCGCAUGCCCGAGGCAGUCGACGCUCUGCGAAUGUGGACCCCAAAUGCGCCGCAGUUUCCGAUUGUGAUUCAUCCCCUGCACACAACCGGCGGUGCCUCUGAGCUGAUCGUGGGACACUUCAAUGCUGCCGCUGCGAACUCGCCCGUCCAUGCCCGGCGUGCCUUUGACUUUUACACCAAAGCCACCAGGAACGGCUCGACUGAUGGGCAGUACCAUCUCGGUCUCUGCUACCGACGCGCGAUUGGAACGGAUCUUGAUCUAUCUCAGGCCGUCAACCAUUUCUCGGAUGCGGCCGUGAAGGAACAUGCAGGCGCCCAGUACCAACUCGCGCUGUGCUUCGAGGACGGCGUGGGAGUGUCUCAAAAUGCAGCCGAGGCCUACAAGUGGAUGCUCAAGGCGGCUCGCCGCGGCCACGUCGAUGCCCAGUUCAGUGUGGGCAAGUACCAUGAAGCGGGGCUCGGUACACCUCUGGAUCCCACGGCAGCCGUUGUGUGGUAUCGCCGUGCUGCCGAACGACUUCACCACGAGGCAAGCUUCCAUCUCGCUCGUUGCUACGAGCGCGGCAGUGGCAUCGAAGCCGACCUCGAACAGGCCCUCCGCUGGUGCAAGUCGGCAGCUACGGCCGAUCAUGACGAAGCCAAAGCUCUGCUCUUUGAGCUAUCGAGGCGCUGCUCCAGCAGCGGCAAUCUGCUUGGCACCUAUCUUGAGGGCUACUGCCACGAACGCGGCAUCGACACCGUCGCUGACUCGGACUCGGCAAUGAGACUCUAUCGCGAUGCAGCAGACCGCUACUCGGCCGCUGCACAGAAGGCGCUCUUCAAACUCGCCAGGGUGCUGGCAGAGACGCAAGAUCCCCAUGGACAGCGACAGCUCGCCGCGUGCUAUGAGCACGGAUACGGCACCGAGAGAAACACCGACCGGGCGCUGGCUCUGUAUCUCAAGGCCGCAAGACAGUUCGACGACGAGGCCCAGAGGGGGCUGUUUGAUUUGUCGACGCAGCUGGCCCUGGAUGCACAGCCAACGAGCCAGUAUUAUCUGGCGGCCUGCCACCAGCACGGGUUCGGAACAGCUGCAGAUGCGCUACUCGCAGCCAGGUACUACUGGAAGGCCGACGAGGAGCUCCAUCCUUUCGACGACAGCGACGAGCCCGGAGACAUGGACUUUGCUCUGCUUGAGGGCACGGACGCCGAUGAGAGUCAAGUAGUCGAUGCCUCGGCUUGCCAAGAUCAGACGGAGCUGUCGCGCGAGCCGCUCUUCCAGCUCGCCUCGGAUCUGAGCAAUCGCGGAGUUGCCGAAGCUCGAUUCUACCUCGGAUACUGCCAUCUCAAAGGCUGCGGAGUCGAUCGAGACGGGGCACGAGCUGUGGAAGAAUUUGAACAAGCUGUUGAGGACGGCAAUGUCGAUGCCAUGCUGUAUCUCGGUCACUGCUACCACCAAGAACAGGAUGUCGAACAAGACCAUAGGCAAGCAUUCGAUCUGUACAAGAAGGCCGCAGAGGGGCUGCAGAUGGAUGCCCAGUACUGGGUCGGACGAUGCUAUGCCAACGGCGUGGGCACGGCCCGCAACGACGAUCUGGCGCUGCAGAGCUAUGAGAUUGCGGUCGACGGCGGCAACGUCCCUGCAAGAGAUGCUCUCCACAAGCUCGCCGAGCAACUCGCAGCGGACGGAAACCGGAAUGGACAGUACUAUCUCGCCCGCUGCUUCGAGUUUGGCAUCGGCACCAAUCGGAGCAUCCACUCGGCACUCGAGUGGUAUCAAAAGGCUGCCAGCCAAGACCACGCUGAGGCCCAGUACUCGCUUGGAGUGCUGCUCCUCGAAGAUGUCCAGCAGGCCGAGAAGGAUCCAACACAGGCCCUCGGCUGGUUCAAGAGAGCCGCAGAGCAAGGCCAUCCCCUUGCAGCCGCCAAGCUGGAGCAGGCCAAGAGCGCAUGCGCAAUCCAGUAGGUCGAAGGACAUGCGACGGCGAGUCGUUGAUUCUGGAUCGCAUGUGUAUCUGCGUGCCCGUGUGGUCAAAUAUACUGGCAAAGACAUGCCCAGAGGAA